AUGAGUAGCUCUACGAAACGUCAAAAAUCCAUCGCACCUUCUAGUAAAACAACCACCAAUUUGACUCAUUCACCAAACCUUCUACAGCUUCCACCCGAAACAUUUCUUGAAAUUAGUAAAUCUCUUGCACCAGUUGACCUACUUUCUCUUUCAUUGGUGUGUAAAACUUUCUAUAGCGAUUUAUGUUGUAGCGAGUCUAUAACAGUUCAAGAAAUAUGGCGUCAAUCAAGAUUAACUUAUAUGCCGUUCCGUUUAAUGGGACCACCUGAUGGGAUGAACGAACGAGAGUAUAUUAGAUUUUUGAUUGAGGAUAAAUGUUAUUUUUGUGGAACUAAAAGUCGAGUUACAAGAAUUUAUUGGGAAAGAAAAGAUCAAAAUGAUUGGAUGUAUCAGCAAUAUCAACUUCGUAACGACCUUCAACGUGAAAUAGCAGAACGUCGACGUGAAGAUGUGUUAAGCAGAGAAAACCAAAGAUCUCAAAGAAUUCAGGAUAUUGGCGAUAAAUUAGAUAUAAUGUGUGAAGAAAGAGAUGAGAAUGAAGAGAUGAAAUAUCAACGAUCAAUUUUAGAAAAGUGUCCAAGUUUGCGUAGAUGUUAUACAUAUGAACGACCAUUUAGCGAACGAGGGUAA